AUGGCGCUCAUGCUGUACAACAAACUCUAUGACGAUGAGGAGUACUUCCAUCGCCUCCGCAUCUUCAUAGAGAAUAAGAGGAUAGUGGAAGGCCAUAAUGCUGGGAGUCACUCCUUCACAAUGGGCCUGAAUCCGUUUUCAGACAUGACAUUUGAAGAAUUCAGGUAAUUCUUCCUUCCGCCAUGAGCCUCAGAACAUUCUUUAUGGAACCUAUUGCAGAACUGCUCAGCCACGGAGGGGAACCAUGACAGCAGGAGGGGUGCGUACCCCAAAGUUGUGGACUGGAAGGCCAAAGGCGACUAUGUGACUCCUGUAAAGAACCAGGGCCACUGUGGAAGCUGUUGGACCAUUUCCACUACAGGUUGUUUAGAAUCAGCGUACGCCAUCGCCACGGGAAAGCUCAUAUUUUUGUCUGAGCAGCAGCUGAUUGACUGUGCACGAGACUACGGGUAUUUAUUUAUUUCUACUGAUUUUCCAUGAAGUAGGAUUCCUUAUUUACCAAUGAAACUUUUUGUAGUUACAACAUAGAAAACCUGUUUUAACAUUACUAGAGCCCUCUAGACAUGAAAUAACACCCCUAUAGUCACCUCCAUGGUAGAUGCGGUAGCCUGGUUCAACCCUAUGACCUUUGGCUUUGAGGUGACGGCCGACUUCAUGCACUACAAGGAUGGCGUUUACACCAGAUGAGACAAUAAGCUCCAAGCCAACACGGUCAAUCACGCCAUCCUGGCCGUGGGUUACGGCGUUGACGACAACAAUGCAACGCUAUAUUGGAUUGUGAAGAACUCAUGGGGCACCGCCUGGGGAAUGGAUGGAUAUUUUAUGAUUGAGCGAGGAAAAAACAUGCGCGGACUGUCUGCCUGCGCUUCCUACCCUGUUCUGGUGGUUUGAAAGGUUACAUGGAGAUUGAAGAAUAGAUCCACACCAUAAAACACAUGCAACAGGACAAUGCUGCAACCACAUACGUAAAUACUGCGAUAUCAAACAAACAUGCUGCAAACACCCCCAAAACAACUGCAUGUAUGAAAGUUGGGGGGUGGGGGUCAGACCUGAGGGAUCCCCAUAUGCAUAAGAAAGCAAGAGUGUGUGCUACGAAGACAACCAACCAGUCACAAAGUCUUGGACAAAAAUGCUGCAAUGGAUUAUGUGUGUAAAAAGCUCAUAUAAAACUGAAGUUUUAUUGUAUUGCUUAUCCAUUGCAUGGAAGUUUAGUUUACAUUUUAAGACU